GACAACAACAUCGAGUCAAUACUACAGCUGCUCGAGAAGGGAGAUGUUUCGACAAGUGCACAUUUACAACUCGUGCGAGCCACAAAUUGGCAACAAUACUCUGUCGGGCCCAUAUCAUCCUGGCCUCGAGAGCUAUCUACCGUCAUUUACAUGUUAAUGAUAUCGCCCCGCCCACAAUGCUUGGUACUUGGAGAAGAAAAUCUGUUGCUAUAUAACCGAGCCUAUGGCAAAAUGGUCAGAGAUCUUCACCCCAGAAUCUUUGGCCAACCCUUGGACAGUGUGAAAGAAUGGCAGAGCUACGGAGCCCAAAUGGCCGCACAUAGACGAGGCGCUGCAACUCCGCUACCCACUCACGCAUAUCCUUCCUUUGUCGUACCAAUGUUGAAUCAGGGCAGAUUAGAGAAUGUUCACCUGCGGCUCGACAUCGCAACAUUACCACCGUCUAUCAAAGGCUUUCACUUAUGCUUCGAGGAGACUACGGACCACGACUUGCGCGAGCGGAGACAUUCGACCGUGCGUGAGUUGUCCAAAGUUUGGAGUGCAGCAAGCGAUCUUCCUUCGUUAUGGCAAGUCAUACUGCAAAGCCUUUCCGAACACCCCCAAGAUUUUCCUAUGGCAGCGAUAUACUCUACGAGGAAAUCCAAAGACUCGUAUUGUGAGCAAGCGAGAGACUCCGAUACAGCUAUCUAUCAUCUCGAGGGUUCUGUAGGAGAUUUUGACGACGGCGCUUUUCCACCCAGCUUUCAUGUUGCUACAUCAAACCCCAGUUUGGAACCUCUCAAACAAGCCAUCUUGACCAAGGACCGAGUCAUUAUCGAGCAACUGCCUGAGGAAUGGGCUAAGGGAUCAUUGCAUCGCGGAAAUCGCGACAUGUGUACAGAAGCUGCAGUUCUUCCGAGUAGCUUCACCAAAGCUCAAGAUGCAGAAGCCUUGCUUUUUAUUGGACUGCCCAUGCUGACACCUCUCGACGAGGCACAUAAGCAACACCUCGGGCAGGUGCAAACUGAGUUCGCUCAUGUCGUAAACACUCUGGUGGCAACCAGGGAGGCUACAUAUCGGAGAAAAGAGAAUGUCAGGCAAAAUCAAUUAGAANAAGACUUGCUUGCUAAAGAACUUGCUCUUCGUCAAAAGGAGGCAGAAAUGGCAACUACCUUGGCUGCCAAGGUUCUGACUGUGAUUGAUGAGGUCGAUGAUACUUCCGAUUGCGUACUGACAUGGAGCAGCAUAGGAUAUUUUGAGUACAAGAGUACGGGAGAGUUGGUGCGAGCCAAUGAAUGUUACUAUCGACUGAGUGGAUAUCCUCGAGACUGCCCAAGCCACGUACAACACAAAUUCCUCGACCUCAUUCAUCCAGCGGACGUGGAUUUGGUUUCGCAGGCCUGGCAUUCCAUGAUAAAUGGCCAAUGGCAAAAGUUCGAAUUGAGAUAUCGAAACGACACCGAACAAGGUCAAUGGGCGCUCGUGGCUUGUCAACCAGUCAAGGACAACAACGGAAACGUUACCUCGAUUAUUGGGGCAGUCACCGACAUCUCAGAUCAGAAGAAAAGCGAGAAAAUUGCUCUUGAUCGCGCUGNNGAAGCACUAGAACAAGCCAGAGUCAGUGAAGAGAGGUUCAAGCGAUGCAUGGAGGUUGCCCCGUUUGGAUGCAUGAUCGCCGACACCACCAAAGGAGUACAAUACGUUAAUGAAACAUGGUGGGAGCUAUCACAACACGCUCGUGUGCCGCUGGAUCAAAUCGACUGGAAUUCUGUACUUCAUGAAGAUGAUCUUGAAGUUGCAGAACAAGGUUGGCAGGCAAUGCUCCGUGGAGAACAAGUUGUUUACAAUCUGCGACUCAAAAGACUGUGGUACGACGCCGAAGGCGAACCUCGAGGCCCUGCAGAAUUAAUGGUGACGGCGCUACCUGAGUGCGAUGACACUGGCAAGGUCAUCAGGGUCAUUGGCUUCACCAUUGAUCAAUCGCAUAUACGGCAUCAAGCGAGAUUACAGCGAGCACGCAUCGAAGAGGCAACUGAGGCGAGAAAAAACCAAGAGAUGUUUUACGAUACAGUCUGUCACGAGAUUCGAAAUCCUUUGUCAGCCGUCAUUCACUCUACAGAUUCUAUAAACGACAACCUCAUUGAGAUGCGCAAACUGGUUAAUAGUCUCGCUUCUUUCAAGGUGGCAGGCUUGGACGACAGGAUAAACUGUCUCCUCAACCAUAUAUCAAGCAGUCACGAGUCUGUCGAGACCAUUACACACUGUUCUGAGCAUCAACGACGUCUGAUUUCGGACAUCCUUUCUCUCUCAAAGCUCGAUUCUCAGCUGCUUCAGAUCAAUCCUUCGCCGACCCUCGCCUUGAUUGACUCGUUUCACAAUCAGGAAACGAUAUAUGACACAGAGUCUGAGGGUCAAGACGAAUUCUAUCUAUGGUUUACAGUCACCGAUUCUGGAAGGGGUUUGUCUGCUGAGGAGAAGGCUCGCAUCUUUACCAGAGGUUCUCGCAAGACUUAUAGUGAAUACGGAGGUUCUGGCUUGGGCUUGUUCAUCUCAAGACAGCUUGUCGAGUUGAUGAAUGGACAGAUCGGCGUUUCAGCUGAGCUUGGGCACGGAAGUACAUUUGCAUUCUUUGUCAACGCACCGCUCGUGCAGCAGUUUGUCAAGGUCGACUCGAAUUCAAGCCAUCAAUCCAAUGCCGAUUCUGGCAUACAUAUACAAACGACGGAAACGCCGGAGCUAUGCUCAAAGACGACACUACUUGUCGUGGAAGGUACGGCAUAA